GAGCUGGAGGGUUGCCGGGAAUGACUUUGCAUCCCCUCUGUGCCCUUUUCCAGGUUACUAUGGACUGGUUUGCAUCUGGUCUGCUGGCCUGAACAUGCCUUGGAGCUGGGGGCGUGUCAGGAGAACGCUCUUCCAGCUCACUUGAGUCCCUUAGCAAUCCCGUUUGCAUGCUCCAAGAGCACUCGAUAAAGUGAGACAGACAGGGACCCUCGUAUGUGGGAACUGACAGGACACUGGUGGGAAAAGUGCUCUCCUGAACCGGUGCAAGCAGCUGUCCCAGGGCUGGCUCCCUUGCACUUCUCAAACCACCUCUCACCGCAGUCUGUGUUUGCUGCUCACCAGACCAUCUUGAGGGUGGUGGAUGCUUUGUUUCAGGAUGUAACCAAGAGCCUUCAGGCUAGGCAAGAGACAAGAAGGGAUUCAUGUCUUCUCUGAACUCCACCACCGCCUCCCACCCCCCGACUUUCCUCCUGCUUGGCAUCCCGGGCCUGGAGAAGGAGCAGUUCUGGAUUGCCUUCCCCUUCUGCAUCACGUACGCCUUAGGUGUGCUGGGGAACAUCAUCCUGCUCAUCGUCAUCAAGACAGAGCCAAGCCUGCAUGAGCCCAUGUACCUCUUCCUGGCCAUGCUGGCCUGCACUGACCUGGUCCUCUCUACAUCCAUGCUACCCAAAAUGCUCACCAUCUUCUGGCGGGGCUCCAAGGAGAUUGGCUUUGUUGCCUGCCUUGUUCAGUUGUUCUUUGUCCACUGCUUCGCAAUUCUGGAGUCAGGCGUGCUCAUGGCCAUGGCCUUGGAUCGCUAUUUUGCCAUUUGCCAUCCCCUGCGGCACUCCAGCAUCCUCUCCACGCAGGUGGUGGCAGCUCUCGGGAGCCUGGUGCUGCUGCGUGGAGUCCUCAUGGUGAGUCCCGCAUGCUUCCUGCUCCAUAGGCAGGCCUUCUGCCAGCAUCGUGUCAUCUCCCAUUCCUUCUGUGAACACAUGGCCGUGGUCAAGCUGGUAUGUGAGGACACCAGAGUCAAUGCUGCUUAUGGACUCUUCGUGGGAUUUGCAGUGGCAACUUUUGACAUUGCUGUGAUCACCGUGUCCUACACUAUGAUUGUGCGGGAGAUUCUGAAGCUGCCAUCCUCAGACACACAGCUCAAGGCCUUUAACACAUGUGUCUCCCAUGUCUGUGUCAUCCUUGUGUUUUACGUCCCUGCCCUAUUCACAACUCUCACCCACCGCUUUGGACACAGCAUCCCUCAGCACGUCCAUAUACUGGUGGGCAACCUCUACCUGCUGGUGCCCCCCACAUUAAACCCCAUCAUUUAUGGGCUCAGAACCAAGCAACUCAGGGACAAGAUUGUUCUUCUCUUCCAGCGGAAGGGAAUCUGACUUGUGUCUAUGUGCCACAA